UCCAAUCCACCCCCCUUCACACCAAACACAUAUCUCUCUCUCACUCCUACUCUCUCUCACAAUAAACCACCAAAGAGAUCUUCUCUCACAGAGAGCCUCUCUCACAAAUCCCUUCAAUUCUCUCGAAUCGGUGUAACAUGGCAGAGGAUUCAGAUACAAAAACAACAACAACAACAAUGACUACGACGAUGAUAGACGAGGCGUACGAGUUCUCGGCGCCUCGGUUUUACGACUUUAUAAAGGGAGAGACGGAGGAACAACUACUAAAAGCCGAACUGUGGUUCGACUCCGCUCUCAGCUACGCCCCAUCACCUUGCAUGCCUAGAAUCAAGACUGGCAGUAGAUCUUUUAAAGUUGAGAGCUUAUGUGACUUCAAUGAAGCAGACCAAAUGCAGAAGACCUCAGAGUCAUCAGAUUCCAAAGCUACUACUGAUAACUCAGAAUCUAAGCCUGCUGAAAUUAAGGAACAGGAAGUGACACCCAAUGAGGCCAAAGAAGGAAACAAUGGUCUUCUUGCUAAUUCAAGCAUCCUCCAGGUUUCUGCUGAUAAGGGGACAAGUGAAGAUGAUAAGGGAGUGAGUGCAUGCACUCAAGAAAACGGAUGUGUUUCUUCCAGUGUGAAAGUAGAAGCAAGCGAUGAUAAGUUGGACAAAUCCAGUAUUCAAUUAGGAAAUGAAGCCUGCACACCUAAGCCGACAAUGACUUCUCAGAAGGGAGACCGAAUGACUGAUUCCAAGAAGCACGAGACAGCUAAAAAGAUAGCUAGUUUGGUUAAGAACCCAUCAACACUGAAGCCUAAAAAUCAGUUGCAGUCAUCAAAAACCAAAAGUAUCAAGCCAUCAAGUGUGAAAAGGGACACGAAUUUGAAGAAAAGCUCUGCUGGAACUCCCAAUUUAGCUCAAGAGAACCAGGCCAUCAAGCGGCAGAAAUUGGAAGGAGGAAGAACUAGACAGAUAAUUAGUCUUAAACCUCAAAAUUUUCCCCACAAAUCAAAACUGGGCAUUACCAGUAGUAGCACUUCCAACUUGUUCUCUUCAACUGCUGAAAAAGCUAAUAAAGCUAAUAAAGAAGACAGAAAGGUUUAUGUACGGGAACCACCAAAACAAUUUGUUUCAAUGGCAGAAAUGAUGAAGAAGUUCCAAUCAAGUACUAGAGACUUGUCACUGCCACAUGCAAAUGGUUCUCUUCCACAUGGUGCUUUCAUUAUCCAGAUGAAACCUAAACUCACACUGACUAGACCAAAGGAACCUGAAUUUGAAACGGCUCAACGGGUUCGCUCAGUCAGAAUAAAAAGUACUGCUGAGCUUGAGGAAGAAAUGAUGGCUAAAAUUCCAAAAUUUAAAGCUCGACCGCUGAACAAGAAGAUCCUUGAGGCUCCAACAUUACCUGCAAUACCAAGAAGUGCACCACAGCCACCGGAAUUUCAGGAAUUUCAUUUGGAGACAAUGGCUAGGGCAAAUCACAAUGCAGAAUCAGCUUCUGUAGCUUCGACAGAAAUGUCCAAUCAGAAUAAUAAUCCAUGGAAGCCUCAUCUGACUACACCAAAAACCCCCUUACUUCAUACAUCAUUGAGGGCCCGUCCCCACAGGGUGAAAAGCUCUUUUGAACUUGAGCAGGAAGAGCUUGAAAAACAACCAAAAUUUAAGGCAAAGCCUUUGAAUAAGAAGAUCUUUGAAAGUAAAGGGGAGUUGGGGAUGUUCUGCAAUGCAAAGAAACAAGUGACCAUACCUCAAGAAUUUCAUUUUGCAACAAAUGAGAGGAUUCCACCGCCUGCAGCUGUUUUUGAUUUGUUUGACAAGCUUUCUUUGAAUUCAGAACCUCGCCAUGACAAUACGAUUCCAAGAAACACUAAUCCAAAUCCGUUCCAUCUCCGCACAGAGGAAAGAGGAGCUGAGAAAGAGAGGAGAUUUUUUACAGAACUCAUGCAGAAGCAAUUUGAAGAGGAAAGAGCUAGGGUUCCCAAGGCUAAUCCAUACCCUUAUACCACUGACUAUCCUGUGGUUCCACCAAAACCAGAGCCCAAGCAAUGUACAAAACCAGAACCCUUCCAAUUGGAAAGCCUGGUGAGGCAUGAGGAGGAAAUGCAAAGGGAAAUGGAAGAAAGGAGGAGGAUGGAAGAGCAAGAAGCCCAGAUGAGAAUUUUCAAGGCGCAGCCAGUAUUGAAAGAGGACCCUAUCCCAGUUCCAGAGAAAGUGCGCAAACCCCUCACUGAAGUUCAGGAAUUUAAUCAUCACGUGGAUCAUAGGGCUGUGGAUAGAUCUGAGUUUGAUCAAAAGAUUAAAGAGAAAGAAAUGAUGUAUAAGAGAUAUAGAGAAGAGAGCGAGGCAUCUCGGAUGGUGGAGGAAGAGAAGGCCCUGAAACAACUGAGAAGAACAUUGGUUCCCCAUGCAAGACCAGUGCCUAAUUUUAAUCAUCCUUUCUGCCCUCAAAGGUCUUCCAAGGAAACAACGACAGCAAAGUCACCAAAUCUGCGUGUGCUCCAGAGAAAAGAAAGGCGAAAACUGGGCAGUGCUUAUCAUAUGAGAUGAGUGCUUGCAUUGUUCAGUGGACAAGUGUUCAAGCACUCUUGAACCCCGGUAAAAAAGGGUCCGUACAAGUCAAUGUGUACUCCCACAUAGUUUGCAGCAUUGGAAUUUCAUUCUGUUUAAGGGUUUGUACAACCACAUAAUAUAGUUGCAGCAUUGGGAAUAUCAUUCUGUUGUUACUAUAUUGUACUAUUGUUUCAGACUAAAUCAUGUAAAGUUGUACCUUAGAAAGAAGAUAUUAGAUAUGUACUAACGAUUCAAGGACUAAAGAUUCAAGGAUGCAAAUUCUAUUAAAUUGGAACAAUUAAUAAAUGGAUUGUGUUAACUGGCA